GCACAGCCGGUCCCAAGCCCGGGUUAAGGAGGAGGGCAGACCAUAUAAUAUCAUAUAUAUAUAUCCACACAUUAUAUUCAACUAUAAUGCUGUGUCCCUUCAUGUGGUGGCAGUGGGUUGUUUCCAUAAGAAUAUACUGUAAAUUAAAAAUCUUACCUAUGAGCAAGCUUUAAAAUAUUUGAUUCGAGUCAGCAUGCAAUUGUCGUGUGGAUGCAAAAAUCACUUAAAAAGUAGAGUAUUGAUGUUGAAGUAAGUUGUGAGAGGCCGUCGUGUUUCAUGGCAGCAUUCAUUCCUUCCUUGUUGCUUUCUCGAUUUUUGUGUAUGUACAUAUACAUAUACUCGCCUUCUGACACCAAGUUGCCGGUGCUACAUAAUAGUUAUCUCCAAAGUGAUUAAAGGUUGUGGAAGAACAUAUCCGUAACUUGUUCUUAGAGCCCAACCAUGUUCAGAUUUCCUGCAUUCCUGUUGGCCAUUGCUGUUUUCACUUCCUCUGCAAAUGCUCAUAUGUGCAGUGAGGAAUUCCAGUCGGCAAUAGAGAAGUUCAAUCUCACCGGAACCUUCUGCCGGAGGAAAAUCCUCGGCGCACAAACGGGGUGGCGCUUCAAUGCCAAGACGCGACAGCUCGAUAUGGCCUUCGGCGCGCGGCUCCCUUCAGAGGAUCCCGGCUGGCUGGCCUGGGGGCUCAACUCCGCCGAGCCAAGGAUGGUUGGCACUCAAGCUCUCAUCGGCAUCAAGCUGAGCAACGGCUCAUUGCAGAAGCACGGCUAUGCCAUCUCCGAAGAAACCAAGCUCAGCUGCCGCCUCAUCCCGGUAGCUGACGCAGGCCUCGGCCUUGGUGUCCGCAGUUUCGACUUCAAGUACAUCGAGGAGAUUGACUACUACGUCGUAAUUGCCACCAUGGUUCUCCCGCACAACUAUGACCCUUCCAAGGCCAACGUCGUCUGGCAGAUUGGAUAUGCCGCAGACAAGGACUCACCGCUGAUGCACCCAAAUUCGCUCAAACACUUGUCCACCGCCGAGACGGUCGAUUUAACCACCGGUGAAGUCCUCACCCACUCGGCCCAUCUCCGCCGCGCCCUCGUAACGGUGCAUGGAACUCUGAACAUUGUCGGGUGGGGAACCCUCCUUCCGAUGGGCGUAAUAAUCUCGAGAUACUUAAAAAGAUACCCGAAAGAACUGAAACAAUGGUUUAAGUUACACAUUGGGUUCCAGAUUUGCGGAUUUGUGAUCGGCGCGACAGGGUGGAGCGUCGGGAUUUGGCUGGGGAACACCUCCAAGUACUACUCGUUCCCUUUGCAUCGAACCCUGGGGAUAAUCAUCUUCACAUUCAUGACGAUACAGAUUGUGGCGCUGUGGCUUCGGGCGAGGGAGGACGAUCCAUUCCGAUCGUAUUGGAACAUGUACCAUCACACUCUCGGGUAUUCGCUGCUGGUGAUGAUUUGGGUGAACAUAUUCAUAGGGAUACGCAUUGUCGAAAAGGUUCCGGCCUGGAAAUGGGCGUGUGUCGGCGUUCUCGGAGCCGUCGGGACACUGCUGCUGCUGUUCGAAGCCUUUACGUGGAUCAAGUUUCUUCUGGAUCGUGCUGGUGUUCCUCCGCCUCGCAAAAUAUUAGGUUCGAUUGGGGGUUUACCCAGUGCGCACUUUCGAGUAAUGGCUGCGGGUUUCCAUGUCAUCCAAAAAAAGAGGGUGGAGAACUAAUCAAGUAUGAUAAACAACUACUGAUCAUACAACACCUCUCACAUUAUAUCUAUCUUUGUGUGUGUAUGUAGCUAAGAUGAUCCAUCCUGUAAUCUUAGUAAACAGCAUUUUGUUUACAUAUGUUGAUUAAUUAUGAUGCAACUUAUAAACAAGUAAACUGAAUAUGAGUACCU